AUGGCUUCGCUUCUUAGCACCGCCUGGGUCAUCGCACAGGUCGCCACUGUUUCGGGCUUGGCCUUCAAUGUCCCGUCAUCGCCGCCAUCCAACUCAAGCGCCCAGCUUGCCGAUGCCCCAGUCGGCGUUUCCUUCGAGUUCUUCGCGUUUCCAGGCUACUGGAAUGAUGUGCCCAGCACCUCCACUUGUCUGCAGAACUUGAAGGAUCUUUCGGGAACUUGGCCGCCUAUCAGGAUCGGAGGAACGACGCAGGACCGAGCUACCUACGAUGCAUCCUCCAGCCAACAAGUCACUUACACAGUGGCCAACGCUGGAGAUGCGCCAAGCACGCUAACGUUCGGGCCGUCCUUCAUGUCCUUGGCAGGCACAUAUGAUGGGAAAGUAACCAUAGGCUUCAAUCGUCGACUCGACAACCUCGCAAACACCGUCGCUGCAGCAGCGAAGGCAGUUGAUCAGAUUGGCAGCCUCCAUGCCAUUGAGCUUGGCAACGAACCUAACUUCUUCAGUAGCAGCGACCCUAUUGCCCAAGGCUCUUCCUGGACAGCUUCGGCGGACUACGCCAGCGAGGUUACCUGGCAAGACGCCGUGUGCGGCAAUCUCUCCGCGUCUAACCUCAUCUCUGCCGGUGUGUUCUUCGGAACCAGCCCGAUGAGCAUCGCUGGUCUGACUGCAGUCGAAGGCCAGGCCAACAGCUAUGUUAGACAGUACUGCUCUCACAAUUACCCGCAGUCCAAGAGCACUGCCAAUCUAGCAAAGUUGAUGAGUCACAGCGCUAUUGCAUCCCAGAUCAAGCCUUUCGCGAACGAAGUCGCGGCUGCGGCGGGGAAGAACAAGCCUCAUGUGUUUGGAGAAACGAACUCUGCUACUCAGGGCGGUGGCGGCAUCAGUCCAACUUACGGUGCUGGACUCUGGCUCCUCGACUACGUCAUGCAAUCCCUGAUUAUGGGAACAGAGACUCUAUACUUCCACCACGGCACCAUCGGAAAUUGCCAGUACUGCUGGUGGGGAAGAUACUCUAUGGGUUCUCCUUAUUUCGGCGCCUACUUUGCCACGAUGGCUCUCGCCGGCGCCGACAAGAUAGCCCCUUUGGAUGAUCAGACGACCGGAUACGCAGCAUACGCCAUCUUCAAAGACGACAAGCCCAUCAGGGUUCUUCUGUACAACUCUGAUUAUUACACCAGCGGUUCUCGUCCUUCUCAGUCUUUUACCCUCUCCGGGCUUUCCGGUUCCACGGUUUCGGCCAAGAGGCUCACUGCUGCUGCUUCUACAUCCAGAGUCGAUGCUGGUCAGAGCCCGACUGUUGCUGGGCAGACGUUUGAGAAUGGAUCGUGCAAGAUUCAGGGUCAGAGUACGGUUGAGUCGGCCACUGUCUCGGGGGGAAAGGCGACGUUUACUCUUCAGGCUUCGGAAGCUCUGCUGGAUUGGAGGAUAGCGCUAGAAACUUUGGUAGCUGUCUUGUGCGAUAUGAUCAUCAAUCAGCUCCAAUCCAAUUGGAUUUGGAUUCCCGACUGGGUCGACUCCUCCAAACAAAAUACGGCCGCACGUAUCGUCACAUUCAUUCGCAAGUUCACUCUCCCAUCUCAACCAACUCGAGCGCUCCUCCAUUUUUCAGCCGACACGCGAUACAAGCUCAUCAUCAACGGCACUCGAGUAGCUGUUGGGCCAGCAAGAGGCAGUCCUCUGAUAUGGUAUUAUGACUCCCUGGACAUCGCUCCGCACCUCACACAAGGCGAUAAUGAGAUUCACUUUGUGGUUAUUCGCUACUUUGCGGCUUCUCGGGGUGGAAUGCCUUUUGAGAGAACUUCGUUCCCAGGGCUAACUGUUGUUGGUGGUGUUGAGUCGGAUGGGGAGUUUGUUAGUCUUGAGUCUCGGGAAGGCUGGUUGGCUGAAGAGGAUAACUCGAUCCUGUUUCCAAUGGGUAGACCGGACGAUGUCUUCCUUCAUAUCAACGAACAAAUCGUCCCCAGUUCUGCCAAAGAGAAAAUCACACCAGUACCAUACAACAUCAAGACACUUAACGGAGAGCUUCCACCAUGGCGUCUACGAUCUCGCGUGAUCCCCACUCCAGAACAAACACCUGCUAGUGUCAAUACCGUCAGAAAGAACGUUGGAAGCUUGGACUCUGAUGACUGGGUUGCGUAUCUCUCGGGCCAGCAUUCCAUUAUUCUGGCAGCUGGAUCUUCACACACGCUCGAGGUCCAGGCGGACGUGCAUUCAACGGCAUUUCUGCGCUGGACGUUUAAGGCGACUCAAAAGAGUCAGAUCCGAAUGAAAGUGACUUACAGCGAAGGCUAUGAGAACGAACCGCGCUCUUAUCCGUUUUUCAGGUCGAAAUCUGACAGGCUGGAUGCGACCAAUGGUCAUAUCAUCGGCCCUUACGAUGACGUUACUCUGGACCUACCAGCGUCGCAGACCGUCGUGUACGAACCAUUUUGGUUUAGAACAUUUCGCGUCAUGCGAUGGGAAAUCACGGCUGGAGCUGAAGCCGUCGAGCUGUCUUCUUUUGAUGCUACUCAGAUCAACUAUCCUCUUGCAGUCAAAGCAAGCUGGGACGAGCCAGGAGACAAAGACGCCAAACAGAUAUGGGAUGUCUCCAUAAGAACUAUGAGAAAUUGCAUGUUUGACGGGUAUUCAGACUGCCCUUUCUAUGAACAACUUCAAUACUCUGGCGAUUCUCGCUCCGUCGGCCUCUUUCACUAUCUUCUUUCUGGCGAUGACAGGUUGAUGAGGCAGACAAUCACCAACUUUGCCGCGUCUGUGACGCCCGAGGGCUUGACACAGUCUCGCUUCCCCUCCCACGUACCGCAAAUCAUCGCUGGUUUCUCCCUAUACUGGAUCCUCCAGAUCUGCGACCACCACCUUUACUUCGGUGACACGGCAUAUGCACGCGGAUUUCCAGAGGAUGUCUGGCAAUAUGUUGACUGGGUUACAACGUGGGGCGCAACCGACACGCAUCCAGACAAGGGAGUCCCAACAUCAGGGCGUGAAUCAAACCGGCAUACUUACUUCAGUAUGCUUUACGCUUAUGUCCUGAAGCAAGCUGCUCGUCUGGUCCGAGAUGUCGGUCGACCUGGCUACGCGGACGAGUACGAAUCUCGCGCAGCAUCUGUAGUCAAAGCAAUCCGCACUCACUGCUUCGACGGAAAGUUCUUCACGGAUUCUACGGCUGACAUUGCGGGUGAGGAGGCUCACUCCCAGCAUUGCCAAGUAUUCGCCGUCCUCAGUGGCGCCGCAACCCCCGAGGAACGACCACGUCUUCUUAAGGAGUCAUUCUCUCAUCCGGACUUUUCUAAAUGUUCUUAUGUCAUGAUGUUCUAUGCUCUGAGGGCGUUUGCCUUCGCUGGAGACGAAGUGUACGAGUCAGCAUGGGGAAGCGUUUGGGACCCUUGGCGAAAGAUGUUGGCGAACAACCUCACAACCUGGGAAGAAGACGAUGUGAGACAGCGCUCGGAUUGCCAUGCUUGGGGCAGUGUUCCUAUCUACGAGUACUGUACUGAGCUGGCUGGUCUGCAUGUCAUAGCACCAGGGUCAAGCAAGAUUUUGUUUUCGCCGAGACUGAACUUGAGUCGAGAGUUGAAGGCAAAGGUAGCUCUUGGGUCAAGCAACACUGCUACAGUGUCUUGGAGUGUUCAGGAUGAUGGACGGAAGAAGGUCGAGUUGCGGCUUGAAUCGCCAGUUUGGGUUAUAAGCAAGUUGCCUGAAGGAGAGGAAAAGGACUGCGGUGCGAUUGACCACCUUACAUUGAGUUUCUAG